UUUGUGGGGGGAGAUUAACUAUCUACCUUUAAAAACAUGUUAAUUUGUUUGAUAUAAUAUUAUUUAUUUCAGCUGCAUACACACCACAACAAAUAGUAAAAAAAAGUAAACAAAUCACAAAACUGAUCUAAAACCAACCUUUAUACAUAUAGACAAUAAAGUUGACCUUCAUCGACAGUCGACUAAUCUCGUCUGUCGUCAGCUCUACUUCAUCUGAGCUCGAUAAGCUCGCCUGUCAUAUAGCGCACUUUGAAUGUAUUGUAUACGUCAACUGGGCUGGCAGACGAGCGAAAAUGGGGCAAAAUAAGACGAAUGUAAUUUUUAUGAGUUCCAGUCAACCCUAAUAAUAACUGACCCGGAAGCUGGCGCGCGUUUGAUGAAUUCAAAGCAACUCUUUAUUGAAUGGGAGCGUUGUUUACAGUCUGCUAACCGGAUACCUCGGCUGUGCGUCUGCCUGCAGUGCGCGCGCGCUCGCUCUCUGAUGGUCAAUGGUGUUGAUGAUGGAAUCGCAAUGCGAGUACUUUAUGUAUUUCCCGGCGGUGCCCAUCUCAGAUCUGUCGGACCCGGCUAAAUACCGCACUCUUCCGCGCCGCAGUCACCUUUACCUCGGGGAAACCGUGCGCUUUCUUCUGGUCCUGCGCUCCCAGUCCGCGUCCGGCUCGAGUGAUGGCAGCUGCGGCUCAGAGCAGCACAGCAGCCGCUCGUGGAGGGAGCUGGCCGGCUCUCUGAGCGCCGUGGCCAGCGUGAGCCCUGGCGACAGCCGGCAGCGCACACAGCCUCUGUACCACGACUACCACAGCAGCGGGGACGAGUGCGUGGAGGACACAGACGAGGAUGAUGCUGCGGAGGCGGUGGGCUGCCCGGGGCGAGGGGGGCCGAGGUACCGGGGCUUCAGGGAGUGCAAACCGCUGCUCAUUCACAACAACCCAGGCAACGGUGUGAGGGAGUUCCGCAGAGCUCCUGUGCAGUCUCCUGUGGACGAGCCUGUCGUUUUAAGCGAUGAAGUAAUCUUUCCUCUGACUGUGUCUCUGGAUAAGCUCCCUGUCAACACUCUCAAAGUGAAGAUAAUUGUAACUGUGUGGAAGCAAGAAGAAGAGAAAGCUGAGAUCCAGGAACAUGGCUACCUCAGCAUCCUCCAACAAAAGAGCCCCUGCCAAACAUUUCGUCAGGACCUGAACACCUUCAAAGCACAGGUCAGCACCACACUGAACGUCUUGCCGCCCCCAACAGUGAAGUGUCAGCAAAUGACUGUUUCAGGGAGACAUUUAACUGUUCUCAAAGUGUUAAACGGGAGCUCGCAAGAGGAAGUGUGUGUGCGUGAUGUCAAGAUCCUACCCAACUUUAAUGCUUCGUACUUACCGAUGAUGCCAGAUGGAUCAGUGCUGCUGGUGGACAAUGUUUGUCAUCAGUCAGGAGAGGUUGCAAUGGCAUCAUUUUAUAGAAUGGACAGUGAGUCCAGUCAUCUUCCCAGCAUGCUCAGCGCUCUAGAGGAGCAGAACUUCCUCUUUCAGCUGCAGCUCAAUAACCAGCCACAGGAUGAUUCAAAUGAGGGAUUGGAGGUGCCAUUAGUUGCAGUUUUACAGUGGUCCACGUCUAAACUGCCCUUCACCAACUCCAUCUACACUCACUAUAGUCUGCCGAGCAUCAGACUGGACCGGCCGCGCUUCAUCAUGACCGCCAGCUGUCCCAGUGCAGUCAGGACCCGAGAGAACUUCCGGGUGCGAUAUACACUACUCAACAACCUGCAGGACUUUCUGGCAGUCAGACUCGUCUGGACGCCUGAAGGUCGUGGCCAGAAAGAAGAUCCUGCAGUGAAUGCAGUGGUGUGUCAUUCACCUCUUAGUAAUCUGGGAUACUGUCGAAAAGGCAGCACUCUCUCCGUCAGUGUGGCCUUCCAGAUUCUCCGAGCAGGACUUUUUGAGUUAAGUCAGCACAUGAAGCUGAAGCUCCAGUUCACAGCGUCUGUGUCCAAUCCUCCACCUGAUGCCCGUCCACUGUCCCGAAAAAACAGCCCGUCAAGUCCAGCGGUCAGAGACAUCCUGGACCGACAUCAGGCUAGUCUCAGUCUGGGCCGCUCUCAGUCCUUCUCACACCAACAACCAUCCAAGUUUCACCUCACAAGGACAGGCAGUGUUAUGGAGCGCAGGGCCAUCACUCCUCCAGUGGGCUCUCCUGUUGGUCGACCUCUGUAUCUUCCUCCAGACAGAAACAUCUUAUCACUCGACAAGAUUGCCAAGCGUGAAUGCAAGGUGCUGGUACUCGAUUCCCACAACUAAAUGCACACACAAACACACACAUGGUAGAACCAUGUCACAAAUUAAUGUAAAACAAAAAGUGGUUCAACGUCCACUGUCUUUCAGUUUAAAUUUAUGAUAUAUUUAUUUUGUUCUUUUUACCAUCAUUUAUUGUUUACAUGCUGAUUAUUUUGAAUCAUUGGAUGCAGCUACUGUUUUAGACAAGUCUGACUGAAAGAAUGAUAAAAGAAGCAAACACACACACGCACACACACAUAGGUUUUUCUAAUUUAUCCAUAGGACAUUUCACUGGAGUCAUGAAGUUUUGAAACUUGUGUUAUACAAGUUAAAAAGUCUACUGAUUGCUGUUUAAGGAGAGAAUGGAUGGUUAUGGUUAGUCCACAUGGAAUCUGUGCACAAGUGUCCAUAGUUUUUUUUUGUUUUAGAAAUUUGAAGAUUCUGUCAUUAUUUCUAGGUUGUUGUACAGCACCCACUGGAAUCUCUGUUCAAUAUUUUGACUAAUUUAGUAAUGGUUCGAUGUACUAGUUGAAGUAAAGAACUCCAUUUAGCACAUUUCACCAUAUUUGAAUCCAUUUCAUAGAUUAGAUUCUCCCUAAUCUAGUUUAAAACUGAAUAGGGAUUAGAUUCCACCUAGGGCUAGUCAUAUCCAUACAAAUGCACUUUUUCCCCUUUCCCAUUCUUAUUGGACCAUAUGUCUUUACAUUUCUUUUCUGAAACCUGCCAACAUUCUCUGCCCAUAUUUAAUUCCUCUCAUUCCGCUUGGUUUAAGUGCUUUUAUUGUUGUUGUUUUUUUAGUACUUGAUAGAUGGUUUGCAAUGUUGUGCCUGUGAACAAUAAGGAGGCUCAUUUAAAGAGACCGUUCACCCACAAAUGAAAAUGUACCCACUAUAUACUCAAAAUUGUCCAUACCUAUAUGAGUUUUUUUCUUCUGUCGAACACAAAAUAAGGUAUUUAACAGACAAAUUGAACAAUAAUACAAAGUGAAAAGGUCUGGUCACCAACAUUCUUCUUUUGUGGUCUACAAAGAAACAAUUUGAGUAAAUGGUGGGUACAUUUUUUUGUGGCUGAACUUUUCCUUUAUUUUUCAGUCCUGUACACUGGAAGGUUUUUCCCUGGCCUUUUUUUACAAUGUAGCUAGUGCAGAAAGUCACCAUGAUUCCUUACUCAUUAGUAAUGUGUAUAUGUUGUUAAAAUGAUAUUUAUUUAAUGUUGACACUCCAGUUCAUCAAGCUUGUACGGGGUUAUUCACACACAACCACAACGUCUAAUGCCUGAGAAGCAGGCAAAUCAGCAUGAAGAUGGAGCUCGUAUUAUUGGCAGAAGCCAUUUUAUUUCCGCUCCUCCAUUUGAACUUUCUUACUCUUUCUGACACAUUCCUGCUGGAGUGAUCUGCUCUUUUCGUUUGCUUCUCUCUUUCCUGCUAGAACAAAUGUAUGGUUGGCGUCUGUUAGGCUGUACAGUCGCAUUUAUGAUAAACAAGCGACUGACGUGAAGCGUCACUCCAUUGUGUGCCAUUUAAUGAUGGAUUUCUUUUCCCAAUGUUUACAUGCGAUGACUACUGACUAAUCCCGAGGACUGAAAAACGAAUAUUGUCCUAUGUUGUGCAAUAUUGCACAGUUUUAUGUUGUGUCCCAAUAUACAUUUAUGGAAAAAAUGAAGAAACCAUCUGAAUUUAUUAGGUGUGUGGGUAUUGGUUUUAUUCUUUUAAGGUCUGAUAAGACUUUAGUUAAGUGUUUCACUUUAAACUAUGACAGGUAAUUGGUCAAAAUCAGGGUUAUUCCAACAAAUAGUCAUUUCUAAACAUUUCUGAAAAUGUGGCACUUUUUGUUAUUUUGACCAGGUUUAAUGCUCUAAAUUAAUUUGAUUAUCGUUUAAUAGUUUAAUGUUCAUUUAAUGCUUUAAAUCAGUGUUUUCCAACUCUGUUCCUAAAGGCACACCAACAGUACACAUUUUCAAUCUCUUUUUAUUCAAACACACCUGAAUCAAAUUACCAGAACAUUAGAAGAGCCUCUUCAAAAACCUGAAAUUAAUUGGUCAGAUAAGGGAGACAUCCAAAAUGUUGGUGUGCCUCCAGGAACAUGGUUGAGAAACACUGCUCUAAAUAACAAUAAUUAAUAACAAUUAAUUAAGAACACAUUGUACUUGAAUAAAAAACUUUAAACUGUAAAUUUCCAAGUGUUCUUUUAAUUUUUAUCCGUAGCUGUAGGAUCUUGAAUGUUUGAAAUUUUCAGACGCAGAAGUUUGAACUGAAUAUCAUUCUGUAGAAAUGUAAACCCUAUUCCAUAUUAUGGAUGUCGAUGUUUUAUUAUAAACACUGUGAUGUGUUUCCAUUUCCAAAUUCACAACCCAUAUUUCACUUGUAAUUUCAAUCUCGGCCAGUUUCUUUCUGUUCCUUCCUAUGUAAUAUUAUUUAAUAUGUGAUACUUGUGAUGAAAGAUGGCUUGGGAAAAUUAGACCAUUUACCACAGGAGCAAAUGUUCUGAAAAUGUUUAUUACGUUAGCUAAGCUGUCCAAGGCAAGGCGUUAUACGAGUGCAUUUCACUGGUACAAAAAUAGGACUAUCAUGUUUAUUUUUGUUAAAGCACUUUAUUUAUCUAUUUUUUUGUUGUUUGUUUGUUUUUUUUUUGAGGGAAAAGGACUACUUGAUUACUUUGGACUUAAAAAAACGUUGGCUUUUACCUCUUGACAAGGCAAAUCACAGAGCAGCUGUUAACUGACAGGAUUAAGAAGUGAACCCCCGCUCUGUAUAAAGGUUAGAAGUUGAUCAAUGGUGGAGUAUUGCGCUUGUAUUGUGUGUUUUGCAUUUGUUGAAUUGCCAAGACCUGCCAAGAAGCCCUUCUGGAGGAAAGUACUUGUGGCACUCAAUCAUAUAGACGGCUGUUCAAGCGAAACUAUUUUUACUCUUCUAUGAACUGCUGCUUUGCGCCUGUUUGUUUUUUGUUUUUUUUUACAUCUUCAAUUGCAUUACUGUUUAAAGUGUUAACAAAAGUGUUGCAAAUGUGUGUUGUUGGAAACUGGAUUGUUACACUUGAACAAGACGAAUAAAAGCAGUCAGGGCAUAAAUCAUCUCGUUGACUUCUUUAAAAGCCUUUUAAACUCUGCGUACACGGUACCGGGUCCGUCAUUUACUUCCACAUUCUUUAAAUUUUAAAGGUCUGUACUAGCCCAAUAUCCCAUAAGUGAUUUCGUUCUCUCAUCAGUUGGAAUAAAAUAACUUUUGUU